GCCGAUUCUUAAAACUUCUUAAAUACUAGGUCACACCGAGUACAACAGUACAAUCUUUCCAGAACCCAUAACCGCCGAUCUAUAUUCCUGUUUCACUUUCAGUUAUAGGUAUUGGUGACUGUAACAAUCAUCAUGAUGGUAGAUCAAAGACAAGGAAAAGGUGAAUACAUUCAGUGGAGACCAGAAGAGAGCAAAUUGUUGAUUGAGCUAGUAGCAAACUGCUUCAAGGAGGGAUGGGUUGAUCCCAGUGGAAAAAUGUUCAAGAAAACCGUUGAGACAAAGAUACUUUCAGUUCUUAACGAAAAAUUUAAUAGCCGGAAGACUUAUAAGAAUUUUAACAACCGAAUGAAGAUCUUGAAGAACCAAUACCGAGAUUUUGUCAAUCUUCUGCAUUUUGAUUCUAAGGUUCAGUGGAAUCCAAUCACAAAGAAGUUCACGGCUCCUGAUGAAGUGUGGAACGCUUACCUUAGAGACUUUCCUAAUCAAAGGCAUGUGCGUAACGAGACAUAUGAAGAAUAUGAGAAUAUGAAGGUAGUAUUUGGGGGAAUGAGGAGAUUUGCAAGAUUACAUUCUCAGCUAUCGGAAAUGAGAAAGAACGAGAUACUGAAACAAGAAGUGGAUCUUACUAAUGAUGAUGACGAUGACGAGGUUCAUGAAAUUCGUGAAACCGAAACUGUUGUAUUUGGUGAUUCAUCAAACUAUGCAUCAGUCAAGGACAAUGAUAUUUUGGCAAAGAUUUGCACAGAACUAAGAUCAGUUGAGUCGGCCACUAAACAGAUGAUUCACAUAAUGCAAGGAAGAUCAAUGGUUGAGGAAAACAAGAAGAUCAAUGUUUGGGAGGCUAUCAAAGAGAUUCCUAAUUUGUCCAACCAUGUCCAAUACAAAGCUCUUUCCAUGAUUCAAAAGCUUCAGAUGGGAGACAUAUUUGUUAAUAUGUCUGUUGAAGAUCGUCUAGGUUGGAUUCAAUGGAAUACCCAGCGAAAGACUUAAC